AGGCAAAUACGACAGUGGAUAGUAAAGCAGUUUUUUGUGAAGUAUUGUAAACAAACAAACAUCAUCGUGGUCACUAGGAGUGAAUAGGAUAUAGUUUCGUGAAGCAAAACCUUCCUAUCCACCCAUCCACCCCAACACAAUGCAAUGGGGGGGAAGGGGAGGAGAGGGGAGGGUACGCCUGGUCUGUCCAGCCAGCCCGUGACGUCACAGUAAGCGCGUGGCCGGCACGAGCCACGUCGCCAGGAACGACGCAGGAGCCACUGUCCCUCUUUCACGCAUGCGCGCGGCGUCCUUUAUAUGACUCGCCGCUUUCGUCGUGUCCAGGCAGUCAACAGCCACUCCGUCAUCGGCAAGAACAUCCUCCGCGCUGCAACAAGGGCCUUUCAACCGUCAGCCGACAGCUUGCGCCCAGCACUCGACGCACCUCGUUGUGCAGCCAAAGUGUGGGGCAGGACCAUCUGCCACGAGAGAAGAACCUUCUGCCUGCGUGCUGAGAACUUUUUGGAAACAUCCUCGAGUGUGUCUCUCCCCUUCUCGAAGAGACCGGAAGCUCCUCCUCAUCAGGCUCUGAACCGAUCUCCGCGCAUCUCCUCUAGUCAGUCAUCAUGUCCUCCGCCAACUUCAUCACCCUUCUGGCAGCCUGUUUAUCUGUGGCUGUUCAGGGUUACAAGCUGUCCCGGUUCGAAAACCUGGUGUGUCCUGUGAAUGCUGCUGGCAAGCUGGGCUCGUGUAUGUCCAGAGUUCAUGAACUCAGUCAGAUAGACUUUGACCCCGAGCUGUGCAGGGUGCUGAGAGAAUCAAUGCGCUGCGUUGAUCAGCUGAUCAUUGCCUGUCUGGACAGUCCGGACCCUGAGUUCCUCAAGACUCUUGGUUCAUAUGACAUCACUGGAGGAAGAAUAUUCCAGUUGUGCCGGGCACUCCAGUGAAUACCGUGAAACCCUGUUGUGACCUCAGAGUCAAAGAAACUUCAAGUGCCACGAUAACCAUGUGACUUCACUUCUGACGACAGGAAGAGAACAGUGAACAUUACUUACAGAGAAACACACGCGCACGAACACACACACACACACACGCAGAACGAGUUUCCAUGACCUGGUCGUUUGAACUGAGCUCUCAUCUUUACUGAUUGGAUGAAGGAUACGUCACUUUGGUGCAAAAUUAUCGUUUUUCAUGACCUUUAUAUUCUUUAUUAUUUCUUUAUUCCUCAUUUAUGGAAAUUAUAAUUUGUGUAAACAAGCCCCUAAAUUCCUACACUCCUUACGAUGUCAUUCCGAAAAAUUCUUUCAUGGUUUAUCUGCUCCGGUCAGUUACUAUCCUAGAAAAAAUGUCCAUGAACUCAUAAAAUACGAUCUCAUUUCCGUGAUGCACAAACCCUGAAACGAUUAUAGAUAAACACAAAAGAAGUAUCUGAAGUGAAUGUGGUUUUUUAUAUCUUCUAUUUUUCUCAAAUUCUUCUAAAAUAAUUGGACACAGUAGUUUACAUGGGGAUUUGAUAACCUUUCCAUGCAAGAAAUAAAAAGAUUUAAACGACUUCAGAUUUAAAAUUCACAAGGUCUACAUGUAACAAUAAUCUUAAAUUGAAUUUCUGUACAUUUUUCAGAUUCUGCUUGUUUUUAUUCUCAACUACAGUUUGGAUAUAGUUUUGGCUUUAUUCCAGGUUCAAGUCACUUUUGUUAUAAUUAUGAUGUGUGUUCAUUUUUAUUUAAUAUUUUCUCACCUUGAAAUCAUCCGUUUUAUUUCUCAGAAAUACUUUCUAAUGAGAAGUGUAUGGUAUGAAGCCAUGGGAAGACUAGGAAUUUAGUGUUCACACUUGCCUUAAUUAGAGAAUGGUAAUGAACAAACACAGUUCGGGGCUGUGACCUGUCUUGUCAGCCAGACUGGAUGCAGAUGAGGUUGAGCUAAUUGAUUGUCUUAAUUAUAUCUUAGGCAUACUAAAUAAGUUAUUAACAGCAAGGAAGAUCAUUUUAGUGCUCGAGUUCAUCUGAAGGAAGUAGCUCCUGCAUAUUUCUUAUAAACUUUCUCUCCUUAUUAUCAGUCUUUAGCUAAUUCUUAUUUUCAAGUUUUCGCCUUAUUUAGUCAUAACUGAAAUAAACAGAAUGAAAUUUUGAAAUCUUGAGAAUCUGUGGGAAAAUGUUUGACAAAGUUAUUCCAACUGUUUCCCCAUCUCAGUCUCAGUUUGAUUUUAGGUUUUUGGUGCUGGUUAGGUGUUCAGUCAAGAAAUUAUUCUUGUGUUCAUUUAUCAGGUAAUUAGUCAAGCAAUGCCUGGUUUCGCUUGUCUGGUCUGGAGAACGAGUCAGAGAGCAGUUUUGAAAAAGGAAUAAAUAUUUUGAGAUAAA